CUGCGUAGUUAUCUCACACGUCUCUCUCUCUUGGAGGAACUGAGAUGUCUUCAAAACUAAUCCACUCUCAAUGCAAAAGAAGAAUCAGAUUUGCGUAAACACCACUUGAUUGCCUUCACCAAAUUGCUUUGCUCUCUCUCUCUCUCUCUCUCUCCCCACACAAACACCAACUUGAGGUAUAAGUAUGGUUAGCGACUGUUCACUUUAAAUCCUCAUGAAAACUUCACUUCCCACCCACUAACCACCACAUUUUCCCGUUUCUCAUUUUCCUCAAAGCACUCUUAUUUAGGGAAUGACUGCUUAGAGGAGGCCACCUCAAGUUUCCAAUUUUUUUCCAAAUGGGACGUAGCUCGUGUAAUCAGAAAGUGAGGAAAGGUUUAUGGUCGCCUGAAGAAGACGAGAAACUGUUCAAUUACAUUACUAGACACGGGGUGGGUUGCUGGAGCUCCGUUCCGAAACUGGCCGGUUUGCAGAGAUGUGGAAAGAGUUGCAGAUUGAGGUGGAUCAACUAUUUAAGGCCUGACCUGAAGAGAGGCAUGUUUUCACAGCAAGAGGAGGAUCUCAUCAUCACUCUUCAUGCAGUUCUAGGAAACAGGUGGGCUCAAAUUGCCACACAAUUGCCCGGACGAACCGAUAAUGAGGUAAAGAACUUCUGGAACUCGUACGUGAGGAAGAAGCUGAUGAAACAAGGUAUCGACCCGGUUACCCACAAGCCACUUAGAGAAUUAAAAAGCAAGUCUGAGAAUUGCCUAGAGAUUGAGGCAGCGCAAGCGCUGCAGGAGUUCAAGGGAAGUCGAGAUAUAUCAGGCCUAAGAGCAAAAGAACCAGCAUUUCCUAUGGAUGGUAUGCAUGGUGGACCAAUGGAAUCAUCAAUUGGAGAGGUCUACCUCAACAGGGCACUGUUUGAUCCUGCAUCCUCCUUAGAAUUCCAUACUGCCAUCACCCCUGUCCGCCAUGGUGCCAAAUCGAGACUGGUCGAUCCAGGAUACUUUGCGAUGAAUGCCGCUCCGUUCUCAUCAGCGUCGAGCUCAAUGGAUUUUGAACAUGGGAACAAGAACACAGCUGACAACCUGGUCUCCAGAAUGAGCUGUUUGUUCUUCCACGAAGCGAAGAAAUAUUGCAGCAACAGCUCAAACAACAUCAGCAACGAUGCCGAGUUCCGGCUGAACACUGCGGCGGAAAACGAAGAUUUACCCUGGGUCAAUGACAAGGAGUUGGACCCUCUGUAUCAGUUUCAGGUAAACGUGACAGGGUCUGAAGAACUCAAGUCAAUGUCAUGGCAAGAGGAACACCUUCAUGCUCACGCUGCGGUAGAUUUCCAUAGCGAUCACCCCUCAAUGUCACUGUCAGAUGAGCAGAUAUUACAGGCACAUUUCGAUAUCUUCCGAGAGCCGAUAUGAACAUGUCAGUUCAUGUCUGUUGCAGGGUAUUCUUCCUAUAUUGUAACGAAUGAGAUGAUGUGUUAUUUUUCCAAGCAUUGUGAGAUAAUAUGUUGUGCCCCCUAGAUCGCGACGGCGUUGCAAUAGUACUUUUUUGUUCCCUCCCCCCCAAAAUUUUACAUGAUUGUAACUUUCGGGGUCUUCACCUUUCUGCUUUUACGCGAGGCAUCUUGCGGUUA